GAUUUCAACCCCAUUCUGUGUACUCAUCUCCCUCCCCUUCUCUCUCUGGCUGUCGAGAUUCAAGCUUUUCAUAUGCAUUAUACCGCCAUUGGAGCACUACUUCACACAUUCUCAUCAAGUUGGUCUCCACUUUUCAACCACCAUUACCAACUCUCCAUACUCAGUUCCGCAGGAUCUCUCUCCUCGCUCGCCAUUGAUUCUUUCCUUCCUCCUCUUCGCACUGUUAUUCCGUUGUUUUGCUCCACUGUUAAGCAAAGAAUCAGAAAUAAAUCGACAAAAGGGUCGUCAACCAAGGGUUUUUGAUCUGCAGCCGGACCAGCUUUUCCCCUUGAGGAGUUAUAGAUUGAUUGAUUGUGUAGUUCAUCUGACUCAGUUUUGAACUCUUUGAGAAGCUUCCAUGGCUGAUAAGUUGAAGCGGAAACAAAGUAAAUUGUCCGUGUACCUUUACGUUCCCAAUAUUAUUGGUUAUAUAAGGGUUCUCAUGAACAUUGUUGCCUUUGCCCUAUGCUUCUCAAAUAAAAUAAUUUUCUCAGUCCUCUAUUUUGUCAGCUUUGUAUGCGAUGGUAUAGACGGUUGGUGUGCUCGCAAAUUCAAUCAAGUUUCCACCUUUGGGGCUGUGCUGGACAUGGUAACAGACCGGAUUAGCACUGCUUGUCUACUAGUAAUUCUAUCCCAAGUAUACAGGCCUGGUUUGACUUUCUUAUCACUUCUUGCCUUGGAUAUUGCUAGCCACUGGCUUCAAAUGUACAGUACCUUUUUGCUAGGCAAAGCCAGUCAUAAAGAUGUCAAAGACAGCACCAAUUGGCUGUUUAAGGCAUAUUAUGGAAAUAGGACAUUUAUGGCUUACUGUUGUGUGUCAUGCGAGGUUCUUUACAUUACUCUAUUUCUGCUGGCGGAGAAGCAAAAUGAGAAAUUGAUGGAUGUUAUAUUACACUCGAUACAACAAAAGACACUCCUAUCACUUUUGGUCGUAAUUAGCUUGUUCGGAUGGGCAGUGAAGCAAGCUGUUAAUGUCAUACAGAUGAAGACGGCGGCGGAUGUUUGUGUCCUUCACGAUACCAACAAAAAACAGAAGCCAUGAUGAGACCUUUGUAAAAUUUGUUUCAGUAAAGCACUCCUCUCUUGCACUCAUGUCAAAUAUUUUGUAGUUUAAUAUUUAUUUUGAAAAUAACUGAUGCAGCUGUUUCUCUUUGUAUGUGAAUCUAUAAACCAUUUGCCUUUUGCUGUUCAGAAUUUGUGCACUCUUGGUUGCUACCAUAUAGAAAUUGAGAAUUUCUUCUUUUUA